AUGGUUUUAGCGCUUAGUUUCACGUUCGUUUGUCCAGCCAUCGGUGAAGAUGAUGAAAGAAACUAUACCUCGAAGUCAUUAAAAAUAGCAUGGACAGAAAAGCCUCCGUACGCAUUUACAUCACAAACUACAGAGGACAAAUUUAUCGGAUUUAUUAAAGAAGCAAUAUGGCAGUACCUAGUCGAUUGUGGUAAGGCUAGAGGAAUCAGUUACCAAAUAAAUUCUUCCGAAUUUGGAAGUGAGCUAAAAAUGGUUGAAUCACUAAUGAACAAUCAAGUCCACAUCGCUGCUCCAAUAUUUGAGCUCACAAAUAAUCGCACAUACAAUAAAUUUCCUUUUCUGGAACUGGAUCAUUACCCUGGAACCGAAUAUAUCACGAAUGAAGAACAAAUUAAUGCACUCAGUGUUGUGUUGGACGCUGUCACGAGCUCAUGGCCCCUGUUCGCCGUUACUCUAGUUCUCACAGCCAUAGCUGGCAUUGUUAUGUGGGCACUGGUAGGUUUCUUCAUCAUAUACCCCCGGAGGAACUCCCACAUAAAAUUGACUGGGAUGCUCGUCGGAAAAUUCAGAUUAAACUCCUAAGGGAGACCAAUGUGGGUGUGGCUCAAGCUUAAACUGACCCAUAAGGGAGAUUUCUGUGUGGUCAGUGUCAGGGCAUUUUUUGUAAAUUUCUUUAUGCACGGUACUAAGCGAUGGACAAAUAUAGCAACUUUCCAUUCCAAACACCCUAAUUGCGACCAAAAUCUGCCAUUUACACUCGCCAAAGCGAGACGACUAGCAUCACCGUCACUUUAACAUGGAAGUCCCCCCCAGGGCAUAUACCACGAUUCCCUAAUACGAGAUAUGAGGAAUGAACUAUGGAAUCCAAGUGUCACUGACAAGCAAUCUGGAAUCCAGUUCCAGGAGUCCAAAAUCCACAGCGUUGAAUUCAGAAUCCAAUCAGUACUGUCUUAAAUUACCAAAUACUCGUAGUAGGUUAAGACAGCUGCCCAUUAAGUGGCGAAAAUAAUUCCAUAUUUACGAAACACAUUGCUCAUUACCCUUCGGCUGGGUUGGAAUUAAAAUUACAGCAAAACAUUCCGGUUAACACAAAUGGUUGUCUACAAAUGAAAAUGAGAGUUUCAUGGUAGUCAGUGCGAACCAAACGGUGUGAAAAAGAAGGAAAAAAACACUUUUUUUGUUAUUUUCUGAAGUUACAAUAUUUGAUCAAGUACACCUUGUCAUAAGCAAAAAAGCAUUUUGAUAACCUUGAAAACACUUUACAGUACGGUACGAUUUUUCAAUUUGACAUCAAUUGCCGGAGUUGAGAUAUGGUACAUUGGUCAUUCUAAAAACAUUUUCUACUUCAUCCUCUCGUCAGAUCAGAUCCCUGAAUGUAGUAAUGCGCGUUUUUAAUGUAUUCCUAUUUAGCUUUUUUGCAAUUCCUUUUUUUAUUAUUAUUAUUAUUAUUGUUUUUACUUUCCUACAACAAAAAUGAUGCAAUUAUAAGUGAUCUGGAUAGACGUCGCCUAUAUGUUAUAUUUAUUUCAAACGCAUGAGAAAGUCGAAUUGAUCUUUAGAUGCUAUAGGAGCUUAUAGCAGGGGCACCCAACGACAAUUUUCGGAAAAUAUCUGUUCGGAAGACGAUUUGCGAUCUAGAAUUUUCAGAACAUUUGUUGUAAAAUUUCUUGCUUUCCUACCUCUCCUAGGAUUUUCGAACAUCUAAAAAAUGGUAUAAUUGCCCAUUUUUAACGGAUUUUUACCCUUAAAAGGUCACCUAGAAUUUUCGAAAAGGUAAGUUUUGAUCCCUAUAAUUUUCGGAUCACUAGACUUUCAGCUAGGAAAUCCGAACAGAUGAAAAAUUUCUAGGGGAUAAAAAUAUGCCUAAAUCUACCGUUAGAUACUAAAAUACGUUCAACAAUGCUAUGAUUAAGUGGUUUUGAACUAUCUUCUCGUUGGGUGCCCCUGUUAUAGUUUACUUGCCCAGUCUCUGUACGACGUUUUCCCAGGCUUUCUAGGUCAUUCACUUCGAUGAUUGGCUGCGCGGAAUAAUGAGGUCUAGGGACUAGCAAAUAGUUAACAUGAUUUCCGUCUUAUGGCUGCAGGACACUUACUGGAAUUGUGAAGAAUUUCCUCGCUCAUUCAUAAGGGGAUCAUGGGAUGGAUUUUGGUGGUCUUUCAUUUCUAUGACAACAGUCGGGUAAGUUUUAAUUUCCCCUUACAUGGACCAUUUAUCCGUUUUCCACAGCAUAUAUAGUGUAUGUUGACUGGUAAAUACUUGUAUACUAUUACUCCCCAAAUUAGGAAGCUAGUCCUAUAUGUGUUAGGUCCGUCAGCAUGUAAACGGCUCUUUGAUUUCGGGGACCAUAAAAGAGGAUUCAAGAAAACGGUCCUCGGAGUGCAGAUUGAAAACGCGGGGUUGUCGUUUAAUGUGGAAGGACAAAAACAGCGGUUUUCGAAUACGAUGAUGUCAUUCAUGAUACAUGCAGUGCAUUCUUUGCAAGGGAUGCUAUCAUGUUUGCAUCACUUGCGCGUUUUCUUUUUCGAUUAACAAAUGGAAAAUCGGAUUACCAAGGUCUGUACUCUCAUCCACCAUAGAAAUGUUCAAAAUGUUCAAAACUCAAGUGGAACCACGAGCCGCAGGCGAGUGGUUUCACUUUAAAGUUACAUGGAAAAUUGCUGUCGAUUUGUUCUUUACAAUUUCACUCCCGAAUGAUAAUUUUGACAUCCAUCAGCGUUUAGAUAACGCUUGCAAGAAGGAGAAAAACAAAUUGCGCCGCCAUCACAUCAUUGUCAUGAUCUGUAGUACCGGAUCCAGACCUUGAGAUGGGGGCGGGGGGCGGGACGGUCAUCCUGACCCAUAGAUAAAGGGGAGGGCCGGUCUCCUCAAAAACAUUUUUCGCCCUUCGAGUCUCAGUUUGGUCCAAAAAUGAAGGGGGGACCGGGUUUCCGGGCCCUUCCCCUGGAUCAGCCACUAGUCUGUACUCUCAUCGAACAUAGUGCGCGAGAAAUCGCUCGAAGUUAUUGAAAAAAAUGAGUGGAAUGCGGAAAGUAAGGAUGGGUAUUGAAUAAACGCCUGGCUAGAUAUGAAGAGGGAUUUGAGCCAAUCAGAAACGGCGAAAUAUUUUAAAUGAAUAAUAAAUAUAUGUCAUGUGACCUCGAAGUAACCAAUGAGAACUCGUGUCUUGAGGGAAAAUUCCAUCAAUACUCUAUAUCUUCACAGGUAUGGCGACAAAACUCCGAAGUCAGUAGUUGGCCGCAUUUUCUCCAUCAUUUGGAUUCAGCUGGGUCUCGUCAUUAUGGCGAUCUUUAUGGCUCACAUCACAUCAGCUUUGACAGUUUUAAACCUGGAAAUGGGACUCGGUAGUCUCGCUGGUAAAAAGGUUUGCGAAAGUUUGUUGUCGAUUAUUCUAUUUGGGUCAAUAUGAUGAUUAUGAUAAGUUAAAAAUGAAAAUUGAGAAGGACCACAAUUAUAGAAUCAUCAUUUAUUUUUGACGGUGAUAAUUAUGUGACGUUUGGGCUAUAAAAAUUCAAAAUGAUGGUAAUUAUGUUAAUCGUAAUGAUGAUGAUGAUGAUGAUGAUGAUGAUGAGAUAUUAGAUAUUAUAGAGUCUAUAGCAAGGAAUAUCAGGAAUUAGGAUGACAUUCUUAAUGACCAUUUAAAGACAUGCAGGAUGGAAGAAAAUUAUGCUCUGUAAGACAGUGGCUUCUCAAAAACUCUUUUAUUUUGUAGGUUGCAGUUUUAGGAAAUGGAACAGAAUUCCAACAUGCCCGUUACCUAGAUGCUCACCCUGAAGGUAAAGUUUUAAAAUACUUAUGCCUGCAACAUAUUGAUUAAAGCAGUUUCCUUUCGAACCGUUGGUAAUUGACUUUAAUCCAUGGCGUUUGAAUUUAAUAACGCUAGCCGUCUUUAUUGUUCUUUGUUGACGCUAUGUGGGUUUUAAAUUGACUAUAAUCUUUAUCAAAGUGACAAUUUACCUACCCUUUAAUUUUUAAGACUUGUUAUUAAAGUUUUGAACCAACAUAUAUUAAACAAUUAUUGGAUGAGGUUUUUGUGAUAUCCGGAAUAAUUAAGGUAGAGGUAAGUGUUAUCAGCCGAGCCGAAGGCCGGGGCUGAUAACACUUAUCCACACCUGGAUUAUUUAGGAUAUCACAAAAACCGAAUCUAAUAAUUGUUUUGUUAUCAUUACAUUGUUUUGAAGAAAAUAACGACAAACACACCGUCGCAAGGAACCUAAAUUGAUAUUGUUAAUGGAAAUCAUGCAUUGCGCGCGCAACCUACAGAUUAGUCAGUUAUCUGCUAGCAGCUAACUAUCUAAUCUGUGGGUUACGCUAAUUUCCAAAAUAAGCUGUGGGUUCUUUGCCUAUGAGAAGACAGAUAGUUAGUACAAUGUAUAAUAAAUAUUGGUAUUGUACAAUCAAUACAGAGAAGACCUGGGGCCUGUUUCUCGAAAUUCCCGGUAACGUUUCGGGCCCGAAAGGCUGUUUUAUGUUUGCCAUGUUUGUAUUCAAGAUCAAAGUUUUAGUAAUUUUGAAAAUGAAACAAUGAAACUAUCAAUUAACGAAUCAAAAUUGACCAGUUUUGAGCUAGAAACUGUGCUACUAUUCAACAGGUGUUGAUUUUCAAAUUUGCCUUCGGGCCCGAAAAGUUACCCGCGAGCCUUCCGAGAAACGGGCACCUGGUCCAAAAUGUCAUUUACAUCUAGAAAGGCAUCGAUUAUGUUCAUCUUCAGUUCUCAGUAUAUUUGUUUUAGUAUACUACAAAAUUGAAGACAUCAUUGAAGCAUUACAAGCAAAAAAGGUCGAGGGAAUAUUGUUGGACAGUUACACAGCUUCUUUUUAUCAAUCACGUGAAAAACUGGAAUCACUUGUCACCGUUAAGAAGUUCGAACUCCGAAGAUACGUUGGAAUAUUAAUUUCUGAAGAAAAGAAAGACCUCGCAAAUUGCCUGGAAAAUCAUCUUCCCAGCAUUUUGAGACAUGUUCAGACAGUAACUUCUACUUUUAAGGCAAGCUGAUUCUUCGUGACGUCAUUGUUACAAGUAAUUUGUUAGAAAAGAGUGUCUGUAAACUUAGGGCGCUUAACAUUUGUCAAUACCGGUUGACCAGACCAAGCCACUCGACAGAAGAACUUUAAUAUCAAUCAAAACUAUCCAGCCAAAUUAGUUCAUUCCAAAAUUGCAUGCACCGCAAAAAAAAAAAAAUGACCAGUCUGGUCGGCCAGUUCUGACUUUUGGAAAGUGUCCUUUGAUUGACAUUUGCUGGCGUCAAGUGACAGCAAAAAAAUCCUUGAUACCCACUGAUCUCGCUGCACUUACCAAGGCUUUAUGAACUAUUCAGGCCGCAAAAUUCUUAGGAAAUAGAGAAACAAUAAUGUGGGAAUUAAAGUUUCUUAAUCUUUUGGUUUAUCUCACCCUCAUAUAUUUUGACGAAGAUCAAGAGGCCGGAGAAGAUUUUGUCUAGUAAGCUUGUGCCGUGCAUGGUACUUUCUAACUUCUUGCUAAUGUCUUCGAUGCGACCAUAUUGAUUAACAGCGGCAGAGUCGUGAAAGCGUAUAAAACUUAAAUAUAGUAAUGAUGAGAGAAGUGUUUAUCAGGUCUGAGAGACGGCAUUUUGGGCACUCCAAGGUACAAAAGACAAAAACAUACAUAAAAAAUUAGUUUCACGACUCGACAUAUCCGAACGAAGUCAAUGCAGUUGUAUAGGAUGAUAAAAAAAUUCUAUUGUUCAUUUUUCGAUUUUGGUAGUAAAAUCUAGCACGCAUUUUAAAAUAACAUUCAGCUCCCACUGCUAGAAUGGUGAUUAAUGAAUAUUUUAAUUUCUUUGUGUUGUCCAUUAGUUAACCCAACAGAUGCCCAUGAAACUCUUUGACCUCUUUGAUGAGUCUUCAGUUAAAGGAUACCUAUUUAGUUCUCUUGGAGUGUUGGCAGGAUUAAUUGUUUUUGGAGCCGUAUGGGAUAUCUUUAGCCGCAUGACAAUGAGACUUCGACAAAAGGUGGCCCGCGUCAAUAUUGGUUAGUGUCAGUUUUACCGUCCCUAACCAUAGUAUGUUCAUUUACUCUUUCUUGCAAUAGAAAAUGAUGAAAAAAAGUAAGGGUUUGGUCCGCAGGGCGAAGUAUUCCCCUAUUAAACGUUGUCUAGUAACUUUUACUCCCCUCUACCCCCCACGCCCCUCCGCCCCCGCCCGCCUUGUGAUUAAAACCUGAGUUUACAAAUUAUAGUAACAUAUUUCAUUUAAGUAAUUAAAAGUUGAUGUACAUGCCUUUCCUACAGAGUUGACGAAACGCGAGAUUUCAGAAGUGGAAAAAGAUGGAGAUGCCAUUUCAUGCGACGACCUGGCGAUCGCUAAAUCACUUCUUCGACGAUUACAAGAGCAUUUCGAUAAGAUGGAGGAAAGCUUCAAAAAAGAGCGAGAGAAAGGAAAAUAACCUACUAGGUGAUUAUAUGUUUACGGAAACAUUCGAAACGACUGGGACUCAAUUAAUGCAAGAGAGCUUUUUAAAAACGUCUCGUCUCAAUACAACAUUAAAAACUGAAUGGAACGAUAAGGAUUGCACGGUGAUAAAAACACUUUAAGGCAAGCUAACAAAUGUAAAAGGCUUCACACUUGCAAUCAGUCGUGAUUGUUUGUGAAAUUAAUAUUUUGAUGCAAGUCCCGCAUUCUGACUGAAUGACCAAACGUAGUCUUUGUAUCAGAACAUAGAUAGCGUGUAGAAAAGUGGGAUGUUUAGCAAUAGCAAAACAUAAACACCGUGGACUCGAAUCCUGUGAAACACGAUGCCAAAAAGGCCUAUAUACUGAAUUGGUUAUAUAGACGCUUCCAAGUCUUUCAUACAGUCAAAUCCUUGCGUUAGCGACCACCCAAAAUGCGAGGAUUUGCCAGUCGCUUACGGGGGGUGCUCUCUUACAAAAAUCGAAACACAGGGUCGGUCUCUUCCGUUAAGAUGUCUCGACACAUCUACUUCUUGGCAGAAAAUGUAUUGCAUGUAAUUCAUUACGUAUGCAUGUACAGUGUAAUUGCAUCAUGUUAUCAGUGAAAAGUUAUUGUAUAUUGUAUACUCUGAGUGGCGUGGUACGUACAGCGUACAAACAGACCACGUACACCAUACGUCAAGAGGUCGCUUACAAGAGGUUAAAAACGAUGGGAAAUAAUAAAACCGCCAGUUGUAUUAGAAAACCGCAGGUCAUCUCAGGGGGGGGUGCGUACCCCCUGCACCCUCCCCCUAGAUCCGCCCCUGCGAGAUAUAUAUCACAUCAAAUAACGCUCACCCCCAAGCGUACACGUUGUUUCGAUAGUUACGUAGCUAUAGUUCUAAUUUGUCAUUGAACUUGCUGAACUUAUGUCCCUUUUAGUUAGAGGCCUUUCUCAUAUAAACUGCUUUCCGAAGGUCGACUUUCCUUUCCCAUUAUCUUUAUGUAUUUAUAAAUUAUAAAGUUAAGUUCUGAUUUUCUGUAACCCUAGUUAAAAUUUCUUUCUCUUUGUAAGGCGAAAUGAAUAAAUGUAGUUAUCAUUCAUUCGAAAUAUUUUGCCGUUUCUGUCUGCCACGGCUCAUAAUAUAAACAGCUGGCGCUGACUACCGUAUAUUUGAAAGCUGGGAGCAUUAUACCUUAGCUGUUAUGGCAUGGCUUGAGUGAACUCAAGAAAGCUUGGGCGAAAGAACUUUGGGCCAUCCGAAAACAAAAUAGCUCAAUAGACUGAUACUGGCUAAAAAUGAACGGAAUAAAUGUAAGAAUACACAAAACCAUUGUUUGAUGGAUUUCAUAAAGGAAAUAAAGGGAGAUGUAAAGAAUCAACCAUAAGAGGACACAGAAAAAAUCUGAGCCCUAGAUGGGAUUCGAACCCUCGACCCUACGUGUCCUAGAUAGGAUGCUCUAACCUCUGAGCUACUGAGGACUCGUUGGCGAGCAAGGGUCAUUUUUGUGGAUUGGACUGGCGAACCGCAUCUCGCAGUCACACAGUCCAUCAGAAGCAACACAUUAAGGCUUAACUGUAUCGCACAGUCACAUUAAUAGUAAGAAAUGUCUCACCCAUGAAGGAACCUCCAACCAAGCAACCUAUGGAUUUCAUCGUUGCAUAUAUUUACAAGAAAAAAAAUACGACUGUUCACAUUCUGAAACUGUACAGAGAAACAGGAAAAUGUUUCAAAUGAAAAAAGAAAGUAAGGUUGUUAAGAACUUCGACAUGAAGAUUUCAGUACCAAAACAGUCAAUACAAUGACAAAUGAAACAAGAAAGUAAAAUAAAAGUUAAGUAAGAACUGAGAAAGGACCAACAACUAUAUAUUGAAUAUUAUCAAAAAGGAAACAUUUCCUGUCUAUGUACGGCUUCUACGCUACUCGUAUGGUAAGAAAGUUUAAUUAGAGUUCGGAUUUAUAACAAUUUAGAAUAUUUUCAAUAUAAGAGGCACUACGAUUUAUGAUGUUUUCAUCAUACAAGAUCCGCAUAACUCUUCAUAUCAUACUCAGCUUUAUUCAAUAACUGUUUAUAAUCACAAUUUCUACGAUCAUACCAUGUGAGCUCAAAUUAUUUUCAUUCGAUCAAAAUGUCAUAUUUUUAUGUUUUGCCCAUAUUUCAUUACCUUUGUUGUAAGUUAAAUUAAUUCACAAUGAAACACUCAUAGGGAGCUUCUACUGACAGCUGUUACCUUGACAACAAGAUAGAGGCAGCAUCAAAUAUUUAUGACCUUAUUCAAAACGUUUCCUUAACUUUUAAUUGAAAAGCGUUAAAUUAACCAUAAAUGAACACAAGUUCUCAGUGUUGAAAAGUUAUCGAUAAAUUAUAUCAGUUUUUUCGUUGAUUUUCUUCCUUAUUAUGUUGAACGGCUUAAACUCGAGUUUAAACUCGUGCUAAAACUUGAGUCCUAAAAUACAUCCGAACAUAUUUUUUGGUGUUUAUAGAUACAAAAAGCACUUUUCAAAGAUAAGAUUGCAACUGGAAAGAUUGGAGGGCCGAAGAUAAAGCAUAAACAACAUUAAUUAAAAAUUAGGCAUUCUUGUUAAAGUUGAAAGCAUACAGGGAGCAUAAACCGUAUGGAACAGGGAUGUUCAGUUAAGUUGUGUUAUAAGGGUCAGUACAGACCAAGAAUUCAGUCUCUCUGUGCCUCAAAACUCCCAAAUUAUCAGUAUUCGCUCUCCUUUUUUAGUGAUGAUAGUUUUAAUCUUCCAAGUAGAUCUUUAACCUUUUGUAAGCAUUAAGACUCAGCAGAUAAGUAUUUUUCACCUCACACAGAGCUCUCCUGAAAGCAGAGUUAAUAGAAUGACAUCAUUUAUUCAAAAACGAUCAAUUCUUCGUUGACAGUAUUACAGAAGUCAUGUAUUAGUUUUUCAUUAUUUCAAUUUCUUCGCACCUGACGUUUUCACGAAAGAUCUACAGCUUUCGCCUCUGUCCUUGAGAACUCCCAAACUUCUUACAUUGCUAUCUUGUACCAAGGAUACCGAGUAACUUUAACUUUGAAUCCUUUAUCUUCUCAAGAAAGAGAGAACUGGGAAGCAAGGAGGGAGCUUUUGAAGGUGUGUAAUACUAUUUGCAGUUUGAUAAAUAAGCAACAUUAGCUUAGUAUUUUCACGUCUUUUCGGGAAACAUAUUACAAACAAAAAUAUCAUUGAUAAUGAAGUUAACUCCACUGACGCUUUGUUACAUCAAAACACUGAUAAUAACAAAGCCUCAGAGCUCGAAUCGUUAAUGUGGUCUCCAUCAGCAACUAGUUCACAGAGAAUUAACCACCAAGGCGUCUACAAACUGCUUCCCUAUAGAGAGCCUUGCCUGACUGUCUUUCAAAGGCAAACAUUUCGAAAAAACAAGUUGCCAAAGGACUUUCCAUUAUUGAAAUUAAACAGUAAAAGAUCAUUCGUGAACGAAAAACCGUCAUUGAGGCGUGACACCUGUACUUAUAUAGCUAAUGAGGUGAUAUCCCAUUGAAAAUAUCAAAAAGUGUAAAAUUAAGAAAAAAAAGCCCCAGACUUUAAUAUUCGGGUAUGAGCCCUCUUCGGCAGUGUGAGGAAAACCGCACCCGAAACGUUCGUUUUUUAGAAACAUUUGACACUUUUUGAUUUUUUUUUAUGGGAUAUCACCUCAUCAGCUAGUAAAUAAUCGGGUUUUAAUACUUUUUUUCGAAACAAAUUCUCAAUAGAAAAAUGAAAAGUAAUAGUUUCUUAAGAUCGGAUACGCCCGGAUUAUUAUUCAUUUCAUGACUUGCAUUUUUUAUUUCUUUUUUCAGAAAAAAAUACAUUAUCAUCACGUCAUGUAUUUCAAGACUUUUAUACUAUUGCUGAACCUCAUGUACUUGGUAUAUUCUUGGCAAAACAAUACAAGGCCAAAAGUAAUAAGGAGAAAUUUGAAAAUUGCAUGGAUGGAAAAGCACCCAUAUAUUUUUGGACCAGGCUCGUUUAGGGCUGGAGGGGAGCCGAGAGGUCUACUAAGAAAAACUGUGUGGGAGUUUAUAGAAUUAGGAUGCGUCGAUAGCAUUGAUUACCAUAUUGAGUCUUUCCAAGUGUUCAGCAUAAGUGAUCUGAUACGACUUGUCCAGGAAGGUAAAGCGCAUGUCGGAUUACCUGUUGUUCUGGAUAAUUUUGGUGAGAAUAGUGCGAAUACCAAGGGUACACACAUCGUAAAAGUGUUGGAUCAUCCUGGAAUUGAGUUUAUCGCUUCAAGCAAAACAAACAAGCAAGCAUUAAGUGUUAUUUUAAUCGCUGUAUUUCAAGCUUGGCCUCUCCUCCUCAUUACCAUGCUCCUGACGGCCAUUGCAGGAGUGAUAGUCUGGGCACUGGUAAGAUUUAUGCGGUUUAAUUUUUAUUAGUAAGUUAGCCAACAAAAAAUGGACGCAGAGGCGUGAAGUUUUUUUGAUAGCUUAUGCCCGAGAGAGUUUGCCAAAACGGUCCAUGGUCAUGAACUGGGAAUUUUUCUUCUGUAUUUUUUAAAAUGGGCCUUGAAAUAAUGAAUAAAUGAUCGAGUUUCAUAUAUUUGAACUGACAGGAUGAAGAAAUAAAUACUAAGAUCAUCACAGUUGUAGACGCAACUUACGCAGUUGUAAAAAAUGAUGCUGAAAAAAAUUCAGGCUUGCCUCGAUUCUAACCCUUACCUAUGCGAUAUACCACUGCCUUGUUUCUCUAGUUACAGUAGUAGAAAAGGAAAGAUGACACAUUUCCAACGAGCCAAUGGGAAAUUAUGGUUGACUUGAGAUUAAUGACAUAACGUAUCUAACGGAAGAUUUUCACAUUUUAUAUAUUUUAGGACUCGCGCUGGAAUAGUGACGAGUUUUCACGAUCGUUUCUUAAAGGAUCCUGGGAAGGAUUCUGGUGGUCAUUUGUCUCCAUGACAACGGUUGGGUACGUCAAUUAUAGGAGAGUUAGAGCGGUUUUCACUUGACUGUCGUAAAACCAAAACCAAAGUAAAUACACUAGCCAACCAAAGGGCGUAGUAAAACCAAAACCAAAACCAAAACCAAUCCCUUUCGACAGUCAAGUGAAAACCGCUCUAAACCAUUUGUUUCAAAACCUGUGUAAAGUUUAUAUUUGAAAAGACCGAAGUCUCAAUAUUUAUCACGAUAAGUAAGGGGGUUUUUCAAAAGCGUUGCGUUUGGUCGUUUUCAUGUUGACGCAAGGCCAAACUGUAUAAAAAUAUCAUUUUAUCUAGCAAGGACAGGGUCUAUGACUUCUCUUUGAUUCUGAAGUGUGUUGUGGUGGUUAGAAGUCUAUAUAUUAGUAGCAUUUUUUGGUGGUUAGAAGUCUAUAUAUUAGUAGCAUUUUUUCUUAUAAAAAGACAGUGAUAUUUUUAGUGCUAUAGCUGAAAACAAUCAAAUUAUCUGAUUAGGCAGGUUUAGUGUUUUAGCAACAUAUCGCGCGUGCUUGCCCUAUCUAAGUCCUAUUGGGUCCCUCUUGCUGCGCUCAAGCAAUUCUUACGCUUCCACCUCACGCGCUCUUCAAACUUCCCGCGUGCAUAGUCUAUAACUCGAUAUAUGUGUAUGAAAAUAAAGUAUAGUGUGUAUACGCACGCAAAGCAUGAACCAAUUCUCCAAUAUAUUGUGUGUGAAUUUUAUUAUUAGUCUUGCAUAGUCCGAGGAGAUUUAAAGCAUACAAUAAAUUCUGAUAUUUUUCCACAGAUACGGUGACAAAACCCCUAAGUCAAGCACCGCACGUGUUGUGUCUGUGAUGUGGAUAUUAACUGGAGUAAUUUCCAUGGCCGUUUUUGUAGCUCAUGUCACCUCUGUGCUGACGUCGUACACCCUGGAGCAGGACGAUGUGACUAUAAAGGGAAAAAAGGUUGGGAGGCAAAUGGAAAGGUCCCCCCCCCCCCUCUCGACUUGGCACACUCCUCCCCUAAAAAAUAACGAAACGGUUUCAGUCUUAUGACUCGAAAAUGUUUUCCUCUGUCCGUGCACCGAAAUCAAUAAGGUUUAUGUUUUCAGUACUACAAUGCACGAACCACUUUUGCAAUGAAUUUUUUGGUUUUGUCAUUCCUUCUUCUAUUUUCUUCUGACUCAUGUGCGUUACUGUUCCUGUUUUUGUGAUUCUCCUUUUUACUUGUUUGUUCUUUAUCGUUCUAAAAAGUUUUUACUGCUUAAAUUUUUGAACCUUCAAUAGUCGUACCUUCUAUUCCGGCUGAUACUCCAGUGCUGAUUACAACACAAAAUUUCUUUCAUGUUAAAUCAUCAGGUGGCGCUUUUCAAAAAUCAAUCGGAAUAUUACUGGGCGGAACAGGAAGGAGCUAUACCCAUAGGUCAGUACACUGAUAUCAUAAUUAUUUUCACCCUAGAAACAACUGUUUUAAAUGCGUAAGACCCCGUGACAUAAACAUUUUAUUUCAAAAGCCCAAGUGAAGAUUGUUAUAUGAAAUAACCAAGAAGAUAUUACUGACAUGUCUGGAGCUCCUCGCUCUUUUCGCGCUUGCCUUCGCUCGCGUGAAAAACGCGAAUGGAAUAACGCCUGUUCUGAAGGCUAUUUUAUAUCUUUGGUAUAUCCAUUUCGAAAUCACUGGCGAUUCGGGAUAUCCGCGAGUGGUUCUCAACAGUGUGAUUUAUCCCCAAAUUGUACCAUUUUUUGCUCUGAAUAGCAUCUUUUUCGCAGCUAGUGAAAAAGGACAAUAAAACAGCACAACCAAACAGAUUUCAAAUCUCGUUUAAAGUAACAAAUCAAAUUGCAGGUAAAAUGGAUGUAAUAAGGUUGUAAUUGAACUUCGUGCCGUUGAGUUUUGGUCUUAAUUCAUACUUGUGAUUUCAAAUCGAACUCGCGCUGCGCACUCGUUCAAUAUUGAAAUCACGCGUAUGAUUUCAGAACAAAUACAGACUCCCUUUCCCAAAACUCCCUUUCCCUUCCCUUUUAAAACGCCGGCCACGCAGGCUAAUACAGAGAUGUAAAAGAUUUUUGUUUCCGCUUUUCAACGAACCGGCUAAUAGAUCAAUUAAAUAUUGGUACUGACUGAAUUCUGCGAUUUCAAAUUGGCUUUUAAAUGAUAAAGUGGUAAUUGAACUUCGUGUCGUGCAGUUUUGGUCUGAAAUCAUGUACUUGUGAUUUCAAAUCGAACUCGGCGGGAUUUUGAAAUCUCGCGUAUGAUUUCAGACCACUCAGUACACUCCACUGAGUUUAAUUGCCAUUAUAUAUGGCUGUUUUUUAAUGGUUACUUCACAUUUUUUUAUAUAGAUAUUAUCUUGCACUUCUAGGUAGUUACUCGGAUGUACCCAAUAAGUGAAUGGGACGACGUUUGGGUAUUCUUUCACUGACACAACUAUUUAACAAUUAUUCCUCGCGCCCGAAUGAGCUCUGAGUCAAUAGCCCAUCAGGCCGAAGGCCGAAUGGGCUAUUGACUCAGAGGCUAUGAGGGCGAGAGGAAUAAUUGAUUUAGUAAAAUCCAACUGUUGGUCAAAAAUAUCGAGAAUAAAAAAAUUAGCUAGUUAAAGCUAGACUUUAAUCCUUUUUUUUGCCGCCAAAAAGCCCGCGCGUUUCGCUACUAGUAGGCUAUAACAUAUAGCCUAGUAGUAGCUCAACCAAUCAGAACGCAGCAUUGAUAAUAGACCACCAGUUGGAUUUUACUAAAGAACGUUAUAUACUAUAGAAGGUUAUAUACAGGUGAAGAUAAAAAUGCCGGAUAACAAGAAGACUUCGAUUAUUUUAAGGAUGAUUAUCACGGAUACUGAUGAUGAUUUCUUAAAAUUUUGUUACAUUUUAGCUUAUGAAACAGUUGACAAGAUGGAAGCUGCCGUGAGAGCAAAGGAGGUUGAAGGCAUCCUAAUUGACCAUUACACAGCAUUUUAUUACUUCACAGUGAACGGCACCUUUGAGACUUUAUUCUCAAGAAAAAAGAUAGAAGUUUCGCAAGGAGUUACCGUAAUAGUUGCACGAGAACAUGAAGAACUUGUAGACUGCUUGAGUUUAAACCGUGCAGCUAUGAUCUCUGCGGUUCAGGCCAUCACUAAUACAUACAAGGUACUAAUCAACUCAUGUUUUUAAAAACUUGUUGUUAAUGGCCUAAACCAAGUAAAAACAAUGAAAUUUCCAACAUAAUUUAUAAAUAUUUCAUCGAGAAAAAAGAGGUUUUUUAGCACAGCCCAAGAGAGAAAUAUUCAAGUAAAAUUUCGGUAGUAACAGCAGUGUCGGUGGCAGAAUACGCUUUUAUUACCGUCGCAGUGCGUUUGAGAGUUUAGUGAGAGUAGAUUGUUUACUUACAAAAUAAGAAACGCCUAAGCAUAUGAUGAUAUAAAAUCAAUAAAAGACAAAAGUCUGUGAAAGAAGCCUUUGAAACGUUAAUUUCCAAAGAAAGGUGAUCCCAAAAACUACAGUAAAUCCUACGUUUUUCUUUAGUUUUAUGGACUUUUCUGUCUUUUUUUGAUAACAGCUCAAUCUGAAGACGGCGCCUCGUGGGGACACUUCUUUGCAGAUAGACUCCCCGCAAGUCUACUUGGCGAUUUAUCUUCUUUCUGGCGUAUUGGGCAUUUUAGCAAUCUUUGGGUUUGUCUGGGAAAUACUCUACAACAAAAAGAAAGUAAAGCAAACGGAAUCAGAUCCAGGUUUGUUCACUUGCAUUGGUUCCAGGGCACAGCGCCUGAGUACCUUACUCCUUGGGCAGAUACCCUUAGAGAACUUGUACUCGCGGAUGCUUAAAGCAGGCACAGGGUCCCUCUGUACAUACGUUUUCUUUCAGUUCCGAGGCAGACCAAAGCCUUGCCUUUGUUAUAUGAAUUUAUAUGGUUAUGACUUUUGGGCUUUGUUAUUAGGUGUUGGUUAGUGUUAAUUUUUCGAACACAUGUACGCAAGUGAUUGAUGCUCGUAUGGUGUAUUGUGCAAUGAAAUGGAAUAAUGUAAUAAAUAUUUUAAAAAAAAAUUCACUGCCUCGCAUAAACAAAGCUCCUGGCUAGGCUCAGCGUUUCAAAAUUGAAUCUAACCGGGCGAAAUGAAGCAAUUGUAUACACAUUUACCUAUUGGGUACCCAGGAUGUUAACACCAGUCAUUUUGGGCCAGCAAUCAGGCACAAGAGGUCAUGCAUCUCAGGUGUGAAAACUGUGACUACCGGCACUAAGUAUCCACCUUAUAGAGCUGUUCGUUUUACAUAGGUGUUUCCCCUUAUAGAGGUUCCCCCAACCCCCCUGGUAUAGAAGUCCAUCUCACAGACUAUCGUGUCCGCCAUUAUAAAGACGUCCAUCUGAUGAACUGGUGUCCUAGUUACUUUCUAAUGGACUUUUGUCCACCUUUAUAUUAGACAGCAGUGUCCAUCUGUCAGACUGGUGUCCACCCUUAUAGAAAUGACCACCUUAUUGAGGUGUCCGUUAAAAUAAAGUAUCGAAAAAUAGACUUUAUUUAGGAAUAAACAAGAUUUUUGAUUGUUUAUUUUCAAAUAGGUACUUUUUUUAAUUCACAGAAGCGACCAAAGCCUGUAAAUUUACAAGAGAUACUAGCAUUAUUGGUACGAACAGCACAACCGAGGGUGACCAGCUAAUUGCAAGGCUGAAGGAUUACAUCGAUAGAAUACAAAAAGCAUCCCGGGAAAAGGCACAAGAAAGAGUCUAG